CUUUGUAAUGCUAAUGAGCUCCUAUAAAUAGAGGAGCGCGACCCUCAUUCCCAACACAACUGACUCGCUCUCCUCAGAGAAACUUCUCUCAAUCUAAAAGAAUGGCUCCAACCUACAUGACUGACUACUCUAAACUUUCCAACAAGGAAAAGCAUAAAUUGAGAAAACCAGUGGUGGAAAAGAUGCGCCGAGAUCGCAUCAACAACUGCAUCGAGCAGCUCAAAUCCAUGCUGGAGAAGGAAUUCCACCAGCAGGAUCCAAACACCAAGCUGGAGAAAGCCGACAUCCUGGAGAUGACGGUGGUUUUUCUGAAACAGCAGCUGCAGCCCAAGACCUCGGCUUCACAGAAAGCCCACUUUGACGGCUAUUCCCAGUGUUGGAGGGAGACCAUGAGCUUCUUAUCUGGAAACACCAAGGUGGACGCUGUACGUCAGCAUCUGAACCGCUGUCAAGAAGCCCAGAGAUCAUCUAAAGACCUCGCUCACGUGUCUCCAGCUUCCCAUCAGCCCAUCAAGGUGAAGCAGGAACCGUGUGCUCACAGACCUCUCUGGAGACCCUGGUAGAUGAUGAAAGACUUCCACAGAAAAACUAGAUGGUGGUUUUACCAUCUCUUAUGUUGUAGGAGAUGCUUCCUUUUCUAUGUUAAUUUUAAUUUGUCAUUUUUUUCCUAUGAUCUGUGUUAAAACUGGGGGCAGUUGUGGCCUAAUGGAUAGGGAGUCAGACUUGUAACCCGAAGGUUGCGGGUUUGAAUAUCAUGUCCGGCAGGGAUUGUAGGUGGGGGGAAGUGAAUGACCAGCGCUCUCUCCACCCUC